AUGCACCCAAUUGCCCCUGCGCGCAGAUUCAUCUGCACUGGUAACAGAAAGUUGGCCACCGCUGCAACACAGUCAGUCAUACCCUCGAACGAACUUGGCUAUGCUCAGCAGAAUGACAAGAAAGACGACUUUCCAACCGCCAACAUUGACGAUCGCAAAGUAUCCCUGAUGUGGGAGCCUCACAAUUGGUCACGUUUUCACCACGUCUGGCUUCGUGAUCACUGCCGUUGUCCAGACUGCUUUCACCCGAUCACCAAGCAGCGUCUGGUCAACACAUUCGACAUUCCCCCUGACAUCAAACCAAUCAACGUCCGUUCCACUGCUGAGGGCCUUGAAGUAACAUGGCCUGCAACGGCGACCGAGACACAUUCGUCUUUCUACCCAUGGUUCUGGCUCCAAGAAAACACCUAUGACCCUUCUCCUCGUAACUCACGGAACACGGACGAACGCGUUCUUUGGGGCUCUCGGAUCGCAAACUCGCCUCCGACCGUCACCCACCAAGAUGUGAUGGGCAGCAGCGACCAUGGUUUGUACAAGUACCUCAGUAACGUUGACAAGUUCGGCUUCUGCCUAGUGACCGGUGUGCCCGCAACACCAGAAGCCACGGAACAGCUCUCCGAGCGUAUAGGAUUCAUCCGAGAAACACAAUAUGGCAAGUUCUGGGAAUUUACUGCCGACCUAUCGAAAGGCGACACCGCCUAUACGACAAUGGCCCUCGGCGCUCACACUGAUAACACCUACUUUACCGAUCCAUGCGGCCUUCAACUCUUCCACCUUCUUUCCCACACGGAAGGUACGGGUGGGGCCACACUGCUUGUUGACGGCUUCUACGUCGCCUCCAUCCUCAAGGAGCUCCACCCCAACCUCUACGCGCUCCUCGCACGUGUGCCCGUACCCGCGCACGCUGCGGGCGAGCCGAGCGCACUUUACCGUCCGAGCCCGCCGACAGGUUAUCCAACGCUCAGGCUUGACGCUGUUUCGGAUGAGCUUGUGCAAGUGCGAUGGAACAACGACGAUAGGAGCGUCAUGAGCCACCUUGACCCUUCGCUUGUCGAGGACUGGUACAAGGCCAUUCGUAUGUGGAACAAGCUUUUGACGAGCCAGGACUCCGAGUACUGGAUCCAGCUUACCCCUGGCACUGUCCUUACGGUCGACAACCAUCGUGUACUUCAUGGGCGCUCCGCUUUCGACGGCAAGCGCAGAGUCUGCGGCGCUUAUAUCGGCGUCGACGAGUAUCGUUCCAAGCUUGCAGUACUCCAGGAAAAGUUCAGCUCGGGCUCGAGAUUGACCUCACAUGAGCCUAGCGUGGGACGCAGCGUAUGGAGCCCUUCCUUGUGA